AUGCAGGCCGCGCUCGCCUCCGCAGCCGCCUCGGACCUGGCUGGCCGGCCACGCGCGCGCGCCGCGGCGAUGCGUGGCAAGCGGAAGCAUCCUGGCUUCCUGCCGCUCGUCGACCACCAGGACGCGCCGUCGCGCAGACGCGUCGUCGCGCCAGUGGCGCCGCUGAUCACGGCGCCGCCGGGCGCGUCUGCAAGCGCCCCCGCCGCCCGCGCGGAGCACGCCGCUAGCGCGCGCCCUCGGGGCCCCGCGUUGGCGCCCCCCGGGCCAGCGCGGGCGGGCAGAGACGACGCGCCGUCGGCGAAUUUCACCCGGGGAGGGUCGCAAGAGAAGGCGCUGGAGGCGACGAAGGACGAGCACUUUAGGGGAGCAGCUCUCAAGGCGCUGCAGAGAGCCUUCCUUGCGGCCUCGGCGCGAUGUACGACGUCAUCACUCGCGAGGACUCGAGGGCUCUUCCGCGGGGCCUGGUUCGGCGAACGCGGCCCAGUCGUGCCGCCCGCGCCCGAGAAGCUGCAGGCGACCGGCGCCGUGUUCAAGGGCCCCAUGGACCUCGACCUCAUUGUGGAUGCGGUGAGGACAGGCUGCGUCCCCGACGACUUGCCCGGCGUCGCUGGUGUGCCGAUCGGGCCAGCCAACUUGGCUGCCCUAGCGGUCUUCUUCCUCCUGAGGGAGAUCGAGGCGUCUCUGACCGUGUGCAGGAACGUCAGGUCCAAAGCAGACCCGAUGGCCUUGUCCACCUCGCGCACCCGGGACUGCGUCUGCACUGCGAUGGCGCCGGAAGGGUGCCCGUGCCAUUGCGCGGUGAGCCGGGCGAGGCUGGUCGAGAGACACUUCGCGAACGCGCAGGGCAAGGUGCCGGAGUCGAUUCCGUUCUUCCCCACGCUGGCCGGAAACGCGCUCAGCAAGGAGGCCACCACGGCGACGCAUGAGGAGCUGCACCGACGCGCCAGAGCCCCCACGCACGACGACGAGGGCAACCGGUUGCUGGGGGGGCACUUGCCCAGGAUGCUCGCCCGGACAGGGGUCCACGUUUAUCUCAUCGAGUUGGUAGCGAGGUGGCACGCCCCCAUGCUGCCCCACCACGCGCGGGAGGCCCCACUGCACCAGAUCAGCAGCGAGUUCGUCGAGCUGCGCGCCAUGAACAAGGAGAGCGGCACCAGUCGUGACAUCAUGGCCAAGCUGGAGAGCCUCAGCGCCACGCCGAUCGAGGCGAACAGCGACCUGGUGGACCGCGCGCGCGCCUGGGAGUCUGCGCCGCGUGCGGAGAGGCAGGGCAGGGCGGAGCACGUCAAGAAUGACGGUUCCAGUGUGUGGCGCCGUCUCGCAGUGGAGGGGCUGGGUAUCCCUGCUGACCAGCGGCGCACUACGUGCGGUUGGCGCUUCGCCUUCCACAGGUACACUCUGGCUGCAGGUUGCUUGCAGCAGGGCGCAGAGCGCUGCGAGAAAUGCUUCCCGCCUGCGAGCGCGGAGCACGGCCUGCGCGGGGAAGACUCAGACCCCGAGUGGCCGCGCCAC